AGGUAUUGCGGAAAGCGCAAAAAAUAUUCGACUAUCUCCGUUCAGACGGAGAUAGUGCAGUGUGUUUUGGUAAUAUUUUUAGAGUUGUGAAGCACGAACCGUUCGGCUUAAAUUAUGAGUCCGCUUGCGGAAAGUUCACGAGGAAAUUCUAGCCAAGUGCUUGUCAUCGCAAGAUUUCUCAUGAGGCACCCACCCGAUGCGAUAGGGAAUCUGAUGGCGGAAUCCUUGAAAGACUUCCCUAAUGAUAACUGGAAAAGCAUCUCGGUUGAUCGCUGGACCGGUUUGGACGUUCUGAGCUGGCUCUUUUGUUUCGACGGAAGAGUUUUGCACAAAUAUCCUGUUGAUCGGUUUAAGUGGCUUCGAAAGCUGUUCCUGAGGCAACCGUUGUUGACUGGUAGGGAUUUGUUUCCGUUGGAAGUCAGUAAACUCUCUGUAGAGCUGUCCCUCUCGGUGGACGAAGCUUCUCUGGCCAACAGAGAACUUAUGGACCAUUCGGAUUCUCUCUUUGACCGCGAGACUUCCGAUAUUGAUGUUCUUGUCAGUAACAGUUACUUCCUUGAAAGAUCUGGAAGUAACUGGGAACGCCUUGAUUGCCGUCAGUGGGACAUGUGUCAUUUCAUCGAGUGGGCAAACAAGGAACGUGAUAUUCGUGGUGUGACUGACAGCUCGGUGAUCACCUACCUUGGCCAGCCAGGUGUCAUCGAUCGUUUGAAAAACUCACCUGCCGAGGUGAAAAUUUUAGAAAGAUUGGAUCCAGUUCUGAGUUCCGAGUGGAUUUCUUUGAUUUCGAAAUCCUCGGGUGCUCCGCAUCCGUAUCAAAGCUCUUGCAUGUAUGCGUUCUCAUAUGAUCAGACUCGUCAAGCUUCGACCGGUCAUGCAGGAAACCAAGUCGUCGAACAGCCAAGUUCGUAUUCGCAAGAUGAAGAAACGGACGUGUCCUCUUCCGAAGAAUCAAGUGCUACUGAUGGUUCCAAGAAGCGAGAUAGGAAACUUAUGGGAGCGGAAUUGAGGAAUAGACUUUGGCAAGAUCUGAAGCACCGCAUACCUAAAGCAUCGAAGCAAUGGCCCGGGACAAUGAUAACGUGGCAAUUCAUGCUCCACUUGCUGGAGUCUAAUGAAUUCACUGACUUGAUUCGUUGGGAGAAACGUGAAGAAGGCAUCUUCAGGAUUUUGGAAACGCGGAAAAUAGCGGCUUUAUGGCGAUUUUAUAAGGAUAAAUCAACUGAUGGUACAACAAAGCGAUGUAUUUCGUGGGCCUACUUUUCGCGUGCCCUGAGGUUUCAUUACCGUGGUGACAUGAAUGGAGAUAAACGAGAAGAGGGUAAAAGGGAAAGAACGGUGUACCAGUUCGACAGAAAAAAUGUGGAUAGAUACCUUCGUCAAAGGCAAGCGUGA